GCGACGACGGAGAGCUUCUACGAGUUAUUAGGGAUUCCGGUGAGCGGCAGCCACGAUGAUAUCAAACGCGCUUACAAGCAGCUGGCGAGGAAGUACCAUCCCGACGUCUCCCCGCCGGAUCGCACGGAGGAGUACACUCAGCGCUUCAUUCUGGUACAAGAAGCCUACGAGACACUCUCGGAUCCUGAGUGUCGUGCCCUGUAUGAUCGCUACCUCGCCCGCGGCCUCCACUACGCGCUCUCCGCCCGGAGGCGAUUCGGUGAGGUGGGCUUGCUUUCUCAUGAAGUUCUCUUCUCUUCACAUGUUCAUGUGCCUAUCGUUGGAAUAUGGAUCUAGUUUUU